ACAGACCACCUGAAGCAGGCUCUGUGCUGACAGUAGCAAACCUGAUGGGCUUGAACUCACAAAUCAGGAGAUCACGACCUGAGCCAAAGUCAGACCCUCAACCGACUGAGCCCCUCAGGUGAUUCAUUACAUAAAAUAUAAUAAUUUUGUGUAUACACACACACACACACACACACAUAUUUAAGUGGAUAUAUGCCAUCUUGUAACCUGUCAUCUCCUAACAUACUUUUAACAUCUUUCUAUACAGUAUUAACUUACAAAAUUAUCUUAAAUGGCUGCAUAGCUUUUAGAUGUACUGCAAAAUAACCCAUUUCCUGAUGUUGGGCAUUUUGGUUAGUUCUACUUUACUAUUAUAAACAACCUUAGGAGGAACAGUAGCAACUUUGAGGCUCCUGUAGUUUACUUAAUUCUUUACAAAGAUUUCAGUAGAAUAUGGCGGUGUCCCUUCUUCCACAAGAUGGAAAUAUCUGGACAUCAUCUUUACCGACAAAACAAAAGUCCUUUUUUUGAUGGGCAAAAGGGCUACCUCAUCGCGUUCUGUGCGCGUUCUUGGCUAGCUGACAGUCAGUGAAAUCGAGGGAGGGGAGGUUCCUCCCUAGCAAGCGGAGCGCCGCCACCUCCCACGGUCUGACCUCCGUCAAGGUGACAGAGAAAGAGCAACCGGCAGGCCCCACCCCCCACACGUAGCGCGUGCGUGGGCGCGCGCAUGAGCGGACGUGCGAAUGCAGAGGGCGGCUGCGCGGCCGGCGCGACGCCUGGCGAAGCUCACACCCAGCACCUGAAAACGUUUCUGCUAUUGUUUCCUAGGCCUAUAAGCUAUUUAAACAACAGUGGUUACCUCCUGGGCGUGUUGUGAUGUACAGGAAUGUGUUUAUGAUCAUCUGAAUCUCAACCAUGUUGUCAAAUUGCUUGCAAAAUUUCUUAAAAAUUACAAGCCCUCAUCUAUAUUCAAGAUUAUGCCAGCAGUUAAUAGGAAAUAAAGGGAGGUUUUUUGGAACUGUGCCAACAUCCAGAAUUCGUAGGCGGGUUGUCAUUACAGGCAUUGGUUUAGUGACUCCUCUUGGUGUUGGAACGCAGCUGGUAUGGGAUCGUCUUAUCCGGGGAGAGAGUGGAAUUGUUUCACUGGUCGGUGAAGAAUAUAAGAGUAUCCCUUGCAGUGUUGCUGCUUUAGUGCCAAGAGGUUGUGCUGACGGUCAGUUCAACGAACAAAACUUUGUAUCCAGGUCAGAUAUCAAGUCCAUGUCUUCUCCCACCAUUAUGGCCAUUGGGGCUGCAGAGUUAGCCAUGAAAGAUUCUGACUGGCAUCCUCAAUCAGAAGCCGAUCGAGUGGCUACUGGCGUUGCAAUUGGCAUGGGAAUGGUUCCUCUUGAAGUUGUUUCUGAAACUGCUUUGAUGUUUCAGACAAAAGGUUACAGUAAAGUCAGCCCAUUCUUUGUCCCGAAGAUUCUGGUCAAUAUGGCAGCAGGGCAGGUCAGCAUUCGAUAUAAACUCAAGGGCCCCAAUCAUGCAGUGUCUACAGCCUGUACCACAGGAGCUCAUGCCGUGGGAGACUCUUUUAGAUUUAUAGCCCAUGGUGAUGCUGAUGUGAUGGUGGCUGGAGGCGCAGAUUCUUGCAUUAGCCCUUUAUCUCUUGCUGGGUUUUCCAGAGCCCGUGCUCUGAGCACAAACUCUGAUCCUAAGCUGGCCUGUCGGCCGUUUCACCCCAAGAGAGAUGGUUUUGUAAUGGGAGAAGGUGCAGCUGUGAUGGUACUGGAGGAACAUGAUCAUGCUGUUCAACGAGGGGCCCGGAUCUAUGCAGAAGUUUUGGGCUAUGGCCUCUCAGGUGAUGCCGGUCACAUAACUGCACCUGAUCCCGAAGGAGAAGGCGCCUUAAGAUGUAUGGCUGCAGCUGUAAAAGAUGCAAGUGUACAACCUGAAGAGAUAUCCUAUGUCAAUGCACAUGCUACUUCCACACCAUUGGGAGAUGCUGCUGAAAACAAAGCUAUCAAACAUCUUUUCAAAGACCAUUCCCGUGCCCUUGCGGUUUCUUCAACUAAGGGAGCCACGGGACAUCUGUUGGGAGCUGCAGGGGCAGUUGAGGCAGCCUUUACUGCUCUGGCUUGUUAUUAUCAAAAACUACCACCUACUUUAAACCUGGAUUGUACAGAACCAGAAUUUGAUCUCAAUUAUGUUCCACUAAAGGCACAAGAAUGGAAAAUUGAGAAAAGACGUAUUGGACUCACCAAUUCCUUUGGUUUUGGUGGUACUAACGCAACACUUUGUAUUGCUGCCAUGUAGGGCAAAUCUUUUUUUUUUUUUUUUCUUUUUUAGGGGCAAAUCAUUUGUAAUUAAACAUUGAUUUUUAAAAAUGUUAUAAACUAUCUUAAGUGAAGAAAUAAAAUGUCUAUAGAAAUGUA